UGAACGCAUCAUCGUCCCUGACGGUCCGCCUGUGAGUGCACGCGUGUGGGUCUCCGGUGUGGGCGCAGUGGAGGACUCUCCUAUAAAAGACGGGACCACCAUCGUCAUCGUCAUCAUCAUCACAUCACUCCUUCCCGGCCAACAUGUCCCGAACCGACGAAGUGCACCGAAUCACGGAGAACGUCUACAAGUCCAUCAUGGAACAGUUCAACCCGUGCUUGAGGAACUUCAUCGCCAUGGGGAAAAGCUACGAGAAAGCGCUGACCAGUGUCACGCACGCCGCUAAGGGCUACUUCGACGCUCUGGUGCGGAUGGGCGAGAUGGCCAGCCAGAGUCAAGGCGCUAAGGAUCUCGAAGAGACAGCAUGGGAGGUUCUUUUUCAGAUGGCCGAAGUGCACAGACGGAUCCAGAUCCAGCUGGAAGAGAUGCUGAAGUCCUUCCACAACGAGCUGCUGACCGAGCUGGAGAAGAAGGUGGAGAUGGACGCUCGCUACCUCAACGCGGCGCUGAAGAAGUACCAGAUGGAGCACAAGAGCAAAGGCGAGAGUUUGGAGAAGUGCCAGGCCGAGCUCAAGAAGCUCCGCCGGAAGAGUCAGAGCAGCAAGACGCCAGCCAAGUACGGCGAGAAGGAGAUGCAGUACGUGGAAGCCGUCAACGCCAAGCAGAGCGAGCUGGACAGCUACAUCGCCGAAGGCUACAGGAACGCCCUGUCCGAGGAGAGGAGGAGGUUCUGCUUCCUGGUGGACCGCCAAGUUGCCGCCGCCAAAACCAGCGGCGGCUUCCACGGGAAGGGGGAGGGGCUUCCCGUGUGGCAACAAGACCCCAGCAAGCUUCCGGAGCGCUUCCUGACCCCGCAGAUGAGCGCCAUGGCGGAGCCCGGCGUUAAAUCCCUGCCCGUGCCUCCAGAGCUGGCGGCGCUGAGGAUCAGUGGAGCUGUCGGGCCGCAGAGGCUGAUGGAAGGCGGCGCCGUGGCGCUGAACGGCACAGCCGGCGCCGGAGACUACCAGCAGUGGGCGGAGUCUAAAGCGUCGCUGGGCAAGACGUCCCCUCAGGGCCAGAGACACGGAGGCGACGUGUACUCCAACACGCUGCCCGUGCGCAAGGCGGCGCCCGCCAAGAGCAAGGCCUCACUCACGGAGACGCGCACGCUGCCACGCUCCAGCUCCAUGGCGGCGGGAAUGGAGCGGAACGGGCGGAUGCGCGUGCAGGCCGUGUUCUCCCACGCGGCGGGCGACAACGGCACGCUGCUCAGCUUCAACGAGGGCGACGUGGUCACGCUGCUGGUGCCCGAGGCUCGCGACGGCUGGCACUACGGCGAGAACGAGAAGACGCGCAUGCGAGGCUGGUUUCCUUUCUCCUACACCCGUGUCAUCGGUGAUGGCGAGGGCGACGCCGUCAGGCUUCCAGGACACAGACUCCAGCACGGCAAGAGCAGCAGCACGGGAAACCUUCUGGAGGCGGAGGGCGCCGCUCAGCCCGCCCCCGACUACGUCGUCCACCCCGGCGUGCCGACACACAGCGCCGCCCUGCAGGCCAGACAACCACGCCCCUACGCCGUCAUGCCAGGCUUCUCGCAGGCUGCAGUGGAGGACUUCGACGCGGCCCGCUUCACCGGCACCAGUUCUUCAGACGUCAAACUGAUUUCCACUGUCUGAGACCCGCCCCCUGUCGAAGACGUAACAGCGAGGGAAAGGAAGACAUAACAAGAGUACUACGUCUACGAUAUAAUAACAACAUGAAGUACAUGUACCUAUGUAAGGAGUACUGUUGUUUCUAAUAUUUAUUAUCAUAUCGUGCAUGUUCUGACUCCCGAACAAUAAAUAAACGUCAUCAACUUUGCGUCUUU